AUGGCUGAUGGAGGUUCUUCCGCUUUGGCUUAUGAGACUGAACCCCGUGGAUUUGUAACCGAGGCAAUGCAAGAGGAAAACAUUAAUGUGGUUAGUUUGGGAUUAUAUACACAGCAUGGGAUUGUACCAAUAUUUGAUAGCAGCGACAGUCUGGAAGCUAAAAAGAACGGAAGCAAUAUGAAGAUUCAGCACACAAGUCUGACAGAUGGAGCAACACGGUUUCCAAAGCUAGAAGAAUGUGCUCACUUUCAUUAUGAUUUUGUUGAAUUGGGACAACUGCAACUGCAGUUGUGUGAAGAAGAUCAAGAGAAUUACCAUCACCAAGAAUACGAGCAGGGCGAGUACCAGUUCAUGCUGCGUGUUAUGUCCAAGGACAAGACAUGGAAUAUCCGGCGUAGCUAUGAAAACUUCAGAAUGCUUGACAAACAGCUGCACAAGUGCAUCUUUGAUCGUCGCUUCAGCCACCUGCCAGAACUUGAAAGUCAAGAUGAUCUCCUGAACAUCAAUGAAGCAGAACUACAAGAAUUGCUCCAAAAAUAUCUGGAACGAUUCUCAUCCAUAGCAGGCAGUAUGAUUUACUGCGGGUCCAUUCUCAAUUGGCUUGAGAUGGACAAUCGUGGAAAUCGUCUGCUGGCUGUGGAUGAUUCUGGUAUUAACACCCCUGCCAUUGCUGCUGCUCAUGCAAUCAGACGCUACAAUGCACAAGCUGCUGAUGAGAUCUCUUUGGAGAUUGGUGAUAUAGUAUCUGUGAUAGACAAGCCACCACCUGAGGAUACCAUGUGGUGGAGAGGAAAACGUGGCUUUGAAGUUGGAUUUUUUCCUGGCGAAUGUGUUGAAUUGAUUGGAGACAAGGUGCCUCAAUCUAUGGCUUCAAGGAUUCCUCCGCCCUCUCGAAAACCAUCAUCCGGGCCUGUGAAGCGAGGUAGCACUUGGAACGAGGGAGCAUCAGGCUCGGCAGCUACACCCAAUCCAUCUUCUGACACAGUUCUUCGCAAACACAGCAAACUUAUCAGCUUCCUUCAACGUUUCUUCUUCACUCGGCCAGCCCGCAACCAGCUGAAACGUUCUGGCAUUGUGAAAGAGCGAGUGUUUGGUUGUGAUCUUGGCGAACACCUACUCAACUCAGGCCAUGAUGUUCCGUUGGUUCUGAAGUGUUGCGCUGAAGUGAUUGAGAAACAUGGUAUUGUUGAUGGUAUCUACAGAUUGUCUGGUAUCAAUUCAAACAUUCAAAAACUCAGACAUGCUUUUGAUGAAGACCGCGUGCCAAAUCUGGCUGAUGAAACUUAUUUGCAAGACAUCCACAGUAUUAGCUCUCUUCUCAAAAUGUACUUUCGUGAAUUGCCAAAUCCUCUUCUUACAUACCAACUUUACGACAAGUUUGCUAAAGCUGUCCAAGAUGAAGAUAAACUUCACCUUAUUCAUGAUGUUGUACAGCAGCUUCCUCCUCCGCAUUACAGAACAACUGAAUACCUCAUUCGACAUCUUGCGCGUGUUGCUGGACAUGGACGUGACACUGGAAUGCAUUCCAAAAAUCUUGCCAUUGUGUGGGCACCAAACCUCCUGAGGUCUAAAGAAUUGGAGCUUGGAGGUGGUGUUGCUGCUCUUCAAGGGGUAAGCAUUCAAGCAGUUGUAACAGAGUUCCUCAUUUGUUAUGCAGACCUCAUUUUUAGUGACAAGAUGCCUUCAUAUUCUUCUCCAGAACUAAGACAGUCACAAAAGAAGCCACGUCCAAAAUCUUUAGCAAUUUCUACACCCACACGGUUGUUGACAUUGGAGGAAGCUAGGGAGCGAGCAUUAUCAUCACAUAAUGUACCAGCUCAGAAGUAUAUAGAUGUUGGUGGAGGUCCAGAAAAACUGCCUCCAAAAUAUCACACUGUUUUGGACUUACCAGGCUACAAGAAGAAAACUCGGGAACCUGGCAGCAUGACCACUUUGGUUAAGCCCAAAAAGUCUCCAGUAAGUGGUUGGAAGUCCUUCUUCAGUAAAUCUCGUUCUAGUAGUGUCAAGCAGAAGGCACGGAAAUCCAGCCUGCAAGGGCUGAUCUAUGACACUGAUGGUGCUGGUAGUGUUAGCACAAUGGAACGCAAAGCUAUUACAGAAGAAGACGUACAUAAUUGGAAGAAGCGCCGUUUACGCAGUGCUAAAAGUGCCGAGUCUUUGUUAUCUUUGUCCAGUCACAAGAACAGUAUAAGCAGUGCCAGUAGUAGUGCUCGUAAUUCCAGAGGAUUAAUUGAGUCUGACUUAGUUGUUAAUCUCUAUUCUGGAGAUGAUCGCAGCAGAGUACGUCAGCACAAACGUUCUCUAUCAUCUGAUGCCUCUACGGUUCUACUACAUCAUGAAGUACUGCCACUUCAUGACCGAACUAACAGUGAUAUCACGCACUCUGCUGUUGCUGUUGAUUUUAAUCCCCUCAACCGUGAUGAUGAUGAUGAUGAUGAAUCUUCUGUGUCUUCUGAUGACUCUUCUGAUGAAAAUGAGGUUCCUCCACAACUGAAUGAUGUUCAUGGUCAGACACGUCAAUCCUUUAUCCGUGGUGAUUCAACUAGACGUGCCAUUGCCCACCGAAAGACAUCCUCAGCACCAUCAACACCACAACAGCAGAAUCGACAGGAAUCAUCUGACAAUCAAAUGAGACUGAGUCACUGUGAAAGUGAUGAGGAUGAUAACAGUACUAAAAAGAACAGUAGCAGUGAUGAGCUAAACAUCUUUAAAGGAAAACUUGUUAAAUCUGUAGAAUUUGUUGAACCCCUUGACCUUUCUAUGUCUUUCUUGAUAUCAAAAUCUGAAGAUUCACUUGCUUCACGUCGAGGUUCCUCUGCAUUAGAGAAAGAGAUAACAUAUGAACUGAGUCAGUUGGGUAAAAGUGAACCCCACAUGUCAGGCGUCAAACACCGACAGGCCUACUACUCUCGAGUACAUGAUUAUGCUGAAAUUGAUGAGAGUCAAAUAUCAGCCCCUAAUAAUGUGCUUGAAAAGGCCAAACUGUGUCCAUGUGCUAUGAAGGAGGAGCAGGAAGAAGCUGCCAACUCUAACAUAGUUAGUAAACCUGAAUUGAGUAAGCAGUUUACGUCUCCACUCCACAGUCCUACCGCCAUUGUUUUCACUCCUACUCAAAAAAUUGAAGUUUGUAAGAAUAAAGAAAUAGACCCUGGAUUGACUCCAGCUUCAAAUGACUCCUCUCCAGAGCACACAACACAGCUACGCUCUGAUUUACUCUCGGAGAUUGCCAAACUAGAAGAUAGUAUAUCACCAAUCAGUUAUUUACAAAAGGAAGAAAUGUCUAAAUGUUUAAGCGUUCCCUCUGAUAUAGGCAAGUCACUAGAGAAUGUCAACUUAGGCAGUCAAUCUGACCUGAUGUCUGGUGUUAGCAUCAGUGAGCUCUCUCAGUCCAUUGACAGUAUUUCUGUCAAUGAUAGUAUGGAUCUUGAUCUGAGCACCAUUACGGGGAAUUAUUCUGAUUCAAAAACACUCAAUAUUUGCAAGGAAAUCAACAAGGCCUUUUCAAGCUGCAAUACAAAAAUGUUUGAGACACAAGAGAAAGGACGAUCCACUUCAGAUCUUCGUAGCUCAUAUCAGGAACCAAAACAAGGUGAAUAUGAUUUAAAAAAUUCUAAAUUGAAGCAAGGCAGAAGUUCUCUCAAUGAAAAAAGCAGUAAUUAUGCAAAUACAAAAAUUGAAGCCAUGAAAAAGUCACUUGUAGGUCAGGAAUGUCAACCAAGUCAUCUCAGCUCAUCAGUGAGUGAUAACUGCGUGAGGCGUGAAAACAAGGCCAAAAUGGAACCAGCCAAACGCUAUUCCCAUCACAUCAUUGACAAGCCCAAGCCUGAGAGUGCUAAUCCUUUGUUUAUAGUGGAGAGUCCACCUAGUUUCACUAGUUUGGAUAAUUUCACUCAAAUGCUGCAAUUCUAUGCUCCAGCUGAAGUGCAGCAUAUGAUGUCAGAAUCUUCUGAUUAUUGGAAUCGGAAAACUAGUGGCCGAAGCACUAACUCAGCCCUUGAGGAUGAAGGCAAUGGCGGACAAUCAAAGCCUCAUAUAUCUCAUCAACUAUCACCAUCCAGUGUCUGCAAGUACCACAAUGAACUUUCUCCUCUUGAUAUUGAUUUUACUCAAUUUGGCUCCAAAGAACCUACACCAGUUAGUAGUCCAAGUACAGUUUGUAAAAGUCCCAACCUUUGGCCAUUGAGUGACAUAGACAUUUUGGAUGACAGUAACAAGAAUGUGUGGAAAAGAAAAAGUGAUACAUUUGGGCAUAAAAGUUCCAGCUCAAGUUCAUUAGACGGAAUCCCACAAAAAUCACUUUCUUUGGCUGAUACUGGUGAAGAUAAUAUGAUGGUCCGCUCUUUGCCUGCUGGCACAUCCAUUACUGACCCCAUUGCUGAACUGAACUUUCUGACAUCAAGUGAUUCAAAUUCUUCCAAAAAUAGAACAUGCAGUGAAGGUAGUCUUUUGCCUUGCAAAACCCAAAGCAUUUCCCAAACACAGAAACAGUACCCAUUUUCAACACAGAUGACUAAUUCUUCUCCACCUCCAUUAUCAUUAAGACGAUGGGAAAGUAUGGAGGUUCCACCAUCUCUUGAUUCUACCAUGGUGUUCUCCCCAUCAGCUGUCAUUAGUACAUCUCAUUCUGAUUCUGAAUUCCUAACAUUGGGCCUGACACCAGACCAAAAUCAUUCCAUGCUACAGUCUGAAAGAGAUUCCUGUGAGACCCUCAUUUCAUCCCCAUCAUCUCCUUUUAGUAGUAAAAAUUACCAGAUACUUUAUGGGACUCUUCAGAGCUGUGCUGCUCGACCUAUGCAGUCUUGCAUUCCAGACCUGGACAAUAUUAUGAACAUGUCCAGAGAAGAGAUAUCUAAUGCUGAGAAACUAAUCCUGUCUGAAGAAGAGAAAGCACGACUUCAACAGACUGUUGGAGACUGUAGCAAGAAAGUACCAUUGGCCAGUCCAGAAAUAUCAACAGUCAGUGACCAGUCUGAUGUUUGCAGUGACAAGAAACAAACAGAUUCUAUGAGUGAAUCCAGAAGUCGGGAAAAACUCAUCCAAAAUCAAACCUCACUAAAAAAAUCACGGACUGACUCAGCUCUUGGACAAUCCCGACAGAAAGCACCACCAAGAAGUGAACUGUCUGACUCUCAGCUCACAAGCAAGAAGUCAGCUAAUGUUCCAAAAAGCCCUACCAAGAGUUCAAGUGAAAAAGAUGGAAUUGACAAACUGCAGCGUUCGUUUAUUACAGAUUGUCUGGAAUCUGCUGUUGGCAGAAUUCCAGAAUCUGUGGCAAAAGAACCACAGUUGAUGCCUGAGAAGCAAGGAGUUACAUCAGCAAAUAAAGAAAAAAAAUUACCUGACUCUAAAAAGUAUUAUUCUAGUCCAGUCAUCAGUGAGGUUUUAACUGGCAAUCAAAAUAAAUCCUACAACUGGACAGGUACCAAGUCAAAAUCAUUCCCUGUUUCCCAGCUGAACAGUGACCAGUAUCAGAUAUCUCCUCCUGAAGAUGAUGUGUUGAUUCAAAUUCGGCCGACUCUGAAGAGGCCUGUUUCACCAAGAAGACGGCUUAUUGAAAAAAUGAAACAGGAUGCCCAACGCCGAGAAGCAGCUCAGAAGGAUAUGGUAGAGCCGUCAUCUGGAGAAAAAGCCCCCUCAUUGUCAGUGCCAUCUUUGGCCACUGAUGAGAACAGCAAGCAAGCAAACAAUUUGGCCAAGGUUAGACAGUCAUCAGAAUUGCAGACACAAGCAGAAGGAACAAAUGAUUCUUUGAAGGCUCGUUCAUUGGACAGUCUGUUGACUCAGCUCAAACCAAAAUCAGGAGAUCAAGAAAAGUCACUGAAGGAGAAAGACACAUUUGAUUGGGUCAUGUCAUCUGGCAGUUCAGAUAUCCCCAAAGCCAACAGCAAGGCAUCAUCUGUAGCAGCCACAUCAUCAGACAUGGAUGUGGUUCAAGACAUGGAAAUGACUGAUAAUGUGUUCACUGAUGAUGCUGCAGUGGAUUUGCGGAACAGCAAAAAGCAAUCGAAGGCUGGUCAGAAAUGUGCAUCCAACAUCUGCCAGAGUGUCAAAGACACAACCAACAAUCGAUCGUCAUUAGAUGAGUCUAUAUUACAGGUGGCUGCAGAGCGCCAUAAUGCUUAUGAAGGCUUUGGAAAAAACCCCAAUGGCACUCAACAAUAUGACACUGGCUCUCUCAGACACCCGAAAGCCAGGAAGCUGCAAAAUUUAAAAGAAUUUUUUGAACAUGAGGAACUCAAAAACAGGCCUGGUUAUGCUCGUCCAUUGACAUCAUCUACAUCCAGCCAAAAUUCUCCAAACUGUCCAAAAUAUCAAAGAUAUUCUUCAAAAGAAGAAGAGAAAAAAGAAGCUGCAAAACAACCUGUAUCUUCACCAUCUCACAUAUUACGAAAUACCCACCACCGAUCACGUUCACGGGAACGUAAAGACACAAAGCAGGGUGGUUAUUGUAAAGACUCACCCAGCACUCAUUCUCGGAGUCCAACACCCAGUGGGCGCAAGCCAGCCGCGCUUGAAAAAUGGCAAAGAGCAGAAUCUCAUGAGCGUGACGGCAAGCAGACAUGGGAGAUGGGCGUCGAUUAUGUGCAAGGCAAGAGUCUGAAGUCAGAUCUUUCCACUGCUUUAGCAGCUGCUACCAAACCACCUCCCCACAGUGGCAGUUCACGCACACGUACCUGGAGUGAAUCUUCAGCAAGUGAUGCUGACAUCAAGAGUCCACCCUCUCAGCGUGCAAAAGAUGAACGGCGAAAACGUAGCACAAGUGCUGAGUACUUCAAAUCUGUGCGACCAGUAGAUCAGUCUGCAAAAAGUGACACAAGUGAUUCCGAGGGCAAACUUUCAUUUUUGGAAAUGGAGAUUAUUGGAGAAGAGCAACUCCCUGGACACAAGCGCAGGGGCAGCAUUAAAGAUUUGAGAAACUAUUUUGAAGCUAAGCAGGUAUGUGGGGAAGAAAAAAAAAUAUCCUGCUCAGCAUCUUCUGCAGAUACUACCAGUGCAUCCACAUACACAAUUAACAACAGUAAUUUAAUGACUUUGUCAUGUACUUCUCUAUCAACUGAAUCAACUCAAACCAGCAGUCCACGCCAAGUGCCGAGAUCAAGGGUUAAAAGUCUGUCUCCUGUAUGUGGACAAAGCGAACUGAAAUCAGACUCUGAUUUGGCACAUAAGGGGAGCAGCCGAUUUAGUCUGGACUUCAGCAGCUAUACAUCUCGGCCUCAUGUAGAAGGCAUUGUGAGGCCACAACCUGUUCGAUUAGGGCCCAAACCAUUCUAUGGUGCCAAAACUUGA